AUGGCCUUAUCCAAAGAACCCAACCUGACGGUGUCCGACGAACCACGGCGGCCCAAAUGUACGCGGUGCCGCCACCACGGCCUCCUGGUGCCGCAGAAGGGCCACGCCAAGCGGUGCCCGUUCCUGCGCUGCUCUUGCUGGAGGUGCCACCUGGUGGCGGAGCGCACUCGGCUGGCGGCCCUGAGGAGAGACAUGAGGAGGGAGGAGGAGCGUCCGUCUGGGGGCAGCGCCGUCAUUCCGGCUCCUCCGCUGACUCCCGGGACGUGUGGCGCCGCGACGCCGCCGGGAGGCGCUCGUCCGCCGCCUCCGGCCUCGCGGGUACGCCCCGCUGCGGGAUGGACGUCCGGCGGUGAUACCGACGGUCCGCUGGACCUCCGGACCAAAGCCGCAGAGGCACCGGGCGGCUCGGAGCUGCUGCCCAGCGGCCCUACGACGGAACCUUCAGCUUUUAAUCCUGGUUCCUUUGGUGAGAGGUGGCAGAGUGGGCUGCUGUCCACCGUAAGCGUUCCCUUUGGGGGAUCAGCUCAUUAUGGCAGCAGCUUCCCUUCACAUGCAAACCCUUUGUCCAACGUGUCAUAUUUUCCUCUCAUUCCACCUCCUGAUGGCUUCUCUGACAAUGGUCACCACCGAGGCCUCAUGUUAUCCUGUGUUCUGCCGGAUGUUGUGCUUUAUCCGCCUCCACCUGGGCCUAGACAUCCUGCUGACUACAGAUGGCUGUUCGUCAGCUUUCAUCCCAGCGUGCUGCCUGAGUUCUUCCAGCAGCGACUGUGGCCUCCUCUCUCUGAACAAGAUGGAAACGUGCAGCACUGAAACGUGGCGUCGUAGACGUGUGGCACUAAAACACAGCGAAUGGUCAAACCGGGUCCAGUUGGAGUUCCAGGAAAGCUGCAGAGCAGCAGAUGAUCCUGCAGGAAGCAGUUUUGUUUUGUUCACAAUAUUUCCAAAACAGUUUGCAUGAAGGGUUUUUCUCUCUUUCCCACCAAUGUUAAGUUACAGUGGUAAAUAAAAGUUCAU